AGCUAGCUAAAUUUUUGAAUUCUAAAUUCUACGUCAAGUGCUCAAAGCUGACAAGCUAUGGAUAAAUUAUUUCCGUUCACCGGACUAUAAGUGCAUAGUACCUCUUUCAGAGAUAGCCUAUUCUGGUGUCGACCAAAAAGAAAACGCAGUGUAGUUUGAGAUCCCCACUAGUACACUAUCCGAAUAGUUUUACACAACGAAUUAAUUUCAAUUGAACUCAUAUUGCUCGAUUGAUUUGUCUGAUCGGUCUGAUGGCGACAAAUCAUCCAGUGGUAGUGCCAGAUACAAAUGUGGCAAAGGAACCACAAAAUCAUGGUUCGAACAUCAACUAUGAUAUAGAUGAUGUACCUUCCUGGUACCUAUGUAUUUUUAUGGCGCUGCAGCAUUAUCUAACAAUGUUAGGAGCCAUCGUGUCCAUCCCAUUCAUUCUAACACCGGCGCUUUGUAUGGAGGACGAGGAUCCAGCGAGAGGAAUAAUUAUUUCUACUAUGAUAUUCGUGACUGGUCUAGUGACGUAUAUGCAAGUCACUUGGGGAUGUCGACUUCCAAUCGUCCAGGGAGGAACAAUAUCUUUCCUAGUGCCGACGCUAGCUAUACUCAACCUGCCACAAUGGAAAUGUCCCAACAAGGAUAUUAUAGGACAAAUGGAUUCAGUACAAAAAACAGAGCUUUGGCAAACAAGAAUGUGCGAGUUAUCAGGAGCGAUAGCGGUAUCAGCCACCUUUCAGGUAUUCAUCGGCUAUACCGGGUUAGUCGGUAAACUUUUGAAAAUUAUAACUCCUCUUACUAUUGUACCCACCGUCUCUUUGGUUGGUCUAACACUGUUCUCGCACGCUAGUGAAACUGCAUCCAAACAUUGGGGAAUAGCUAUAGGAACCGUUUUUCUGUUGACUCUUUUUUCCCAAGUACUUACCAAUGUUCAAAUUCCCACGGUAUACUAUCACAAAGGUCAUGGAAUUGCAAUUGGGUGGUUUUCAUUGUUCAAGCUCUUUCCUGUUCUAUUGACAAUUGUAAUAAUGUGGUCGCUUUGUGCCGUUCUUACAGCGACCAACGUUCUUCCGGAAGGUCAUCCUGCUCGCACAGAUGUGCGAAUCAAAGUAUUGCAUGAUGCAGCGUGGUUCCGUGUACCAUAUCCAUGUCAAUUUGGAGCACCAACUGUAACAUUGGCCGGAGUAUUGGGAAUGUUGGCAGGAGUCUUAGCAUGCACAGUAGAAUCCAUUAGCUAUUACCCAACUGUGUCGCGAAUGUGCAAUGCUCCGCCACCUCCACUUCAUGCAAUAAACCGAGGUAUUGGCACAGAAGGCUUAGGAACCAUACUUGCUGGAUUUUGGGGGUCUGGAAAUGGUACAAAUACAUUUGGUGAGAAUGUGGGUGCUAUUGGUGUUACAAAAGUAGGAAGUAGAAGAGUGAUUCAAUGGGCAGCGCUAAUCAUGGUACUGCAGGGUGUAUUAAAUAAAUUUGGCGCUGCUUUCAUUAUGAUACCUGAUCCAGUUGUUGGUGGAAUAUUUUGCGUUAUGUUUGGAAUGAUAGCUGCGUUUGGGCUUUCUGCACUGCAAUAUGUUGAUCUACGUUCUGCACGAAACCUAUAUAUUCUCGGUUUAUCAAUUUUCUUCCCAUUAGUAUUUUGCAUUUGGCUUAAAGAUCAUCCAGAUUUAAUACAAACCGGAAACGAAACUGUAGACUCAACUCUAUUCGUACUACUCAGCACCAGCAUUCUUGUUGGAGGGAGUCUUGGUUGUAUUUUGGAUAAUUUGAUCCCAGGAACCAAUGAGGAACGUGGUCUUGUUGCAUGGAGCAAAGAAAUGGCAUUAGAAAGUACAAACGAUGAAACAAUUGACAAAUCGACAUUUGAUUUCCCAUGCGGCAUGGAAAUUCUAAAAAGCUGGAAAUGGACCAGGCACAUUCCGUUUUUGCCGACAUAUAAGGUGAAGGUUUAGAGCGCUAUCGGUCCAAGAAAUACAUCCGAAUAGGAAACAUAAGAAUGAAGCUUCAAAAUAGAAUCGAAUGAAUGGGGCUUCAUUUGACUUACACUUUGGACAUGCGUGCUUACCCAAAACUGUAAUUAACUAUUUCUACAACGUAAAUAUUAUGACUUUAUAAUGACUGUAGGAGUCGAUAUAAAGAUUAGUCGGCAUAAUGAAAUUAGCCAUUUAAUUAGAAAUGUCAAAAUAUCGGACGCUAUAAAAGCGCUCGGAAAAAUGGAAUAAACCUUUUUUUGAUAGUUGUCAGUCUCGUAA